AUGCGGGUGACGUGCGGCCGCCAUCUUCCAGUCCCGGGCAGCCAGCGCCAGUCGGAGCCAGCGCGAGUCGCCGCCGCCGCCGCCGCCGCCGCCGCCGCCAUCACUGCCUCUGCCAAGUCCUCUGCCCGCUACCCCCGCCAUGUCGGCUACUGCUGCCACCGUCCCGCCUGCCGCCCCGGCCGGCGAGGGUGGCCCCCCUGCACCCCCUCCAAAUCUUACCAGUAAUAGGAGACUGCAGCAGACCCAGGCCCAGGUGGAUGAGGUGGUGGAUAUCAUGAGGGUGAAUGUGGACAAGGUCCUGGAGCGGGACCAGAAGCUAUCGGAGCUGGAUGAUCGUGCAGAUGCCCUCCAGGCAGGGGCCUCCCAGUUUGAAACAAGUGCAGCCAAGCUCAAGCGCAAAUACUGGUGGAAAAACCUCAAAAUGAUGAUAAUCUUGGGAGUGAUUUGCGCCAUCAUCCUCAUCAUCAUCAUCGGUGAGUGGGGCAGGAGUGGCCAAGGCCCUUUCUCUGGAGAGGUAGAGGUUUUCCCUGUGGAUUCUGGGUUUUGAAGGUCAUUAACCUAGUUUUACUCUUCAACGAAAACACAUUUUGCUGCUAUUGGCAUUUCUGAUUCAUCUAGAGAUCUAGAGCCAAAAAAACUAGGCUGUUGUAUAGCCUUAAUUUACCUGGUUCUAGGUAAUUUCUGUUAAGAUUUUGAAGAUAAUCUACUGGGUCGGUCCUUGGCGCUCCACUGAGAACCCUUUGGUUCUAAGAGAGCCCAGUCUGGGGAUCCUAGAACUGGGGAGUAGAAGACAGUGAGGGUUGAGGAGCUUGGAUGCAAGCAGGAAACCAAGUACUCCACUCUUGGAUGCCCAGUGGAUUAAAGAUUCUGUGCUCCUUUGUCCUGUUAUGGAGUUUACAAACUCUAAAUACCCACUUGUCAAGUUCCCUUUGUUAUAUGGGUGAAGAAACUGAGGCUCAGAGAGGGGAAGGGAUGCCAGCCAGCUGGGGAGUGGGGAGGUUUGGAACAGGGCCAGGCCUGACACACUGCUUUCUUUCUCUUUCUACCCCUCUCCCUCGUCCUCCUCUCGCCCUCUCUCCACAGUUUACUUCAGCACUUAAAUCCCUGAGGAGUCUGCCCUGCCUAAGAAGGGCCUCUCUCCCACCCCCAGCCGUUCCUCCACCUCUCAGCCAUAUCUUUCAGCCCCCUCCCUUGGAUCCGUGUGUGUGUGUCCGUGUGUGUGCCCCUGUAAAUAGCCAGCUGUUAUUUAUACAUAUAUAAUAUUAUAUAUAUUUGGUCUGUUUGUAGUUUUAUUACUAGAAGAUUUUUUCCGGUUGUCCUUAACACCCCUUCCUGAGGUUCCCCUCACCUCUCUCUCUCAUCCUCUGUCCCUUUUCCUCUUUUCCUGAUAGACCCAAGUCCCCUCAUUUGCAUCUGCUAUGCAAUAGCCCCUCUCCUCCUUCCCUUGGAUUUAACUGGCCCUUCCCUAGCUUCCCUGUAUAAUUCCUGACCCUCCCAAAACAAAAAGCAAACUCCACAGAAACAAACAAAAACUCCCACCUGUCCAGGCUUCCCUAGGUUGCAUCUUUGUAUCCCUUGGAAGGCUCUGAGACUGGUCCCACUUGGUCCUAAGAAUCCCAAGGUUUUCUGGGAGCUUCCAAGAUAUUAAUUAGCAUAUCAUUUGCAUACAAACAUCUUUUGCGUUUCCUUCCUUUUUGUUCCAUCACUCUUCUCUGUGUUUUUUUUUUUUUCUUUUCUGAAGAGUUUGUCUCCAUUGGUCCUCUUAUCACACUUCAUUUGCACGACAUUACCUGCAGGUGGUGGGGAGCCUAGGCUUUUGGGGAACCAGGCUGCUCUGGGCCCCAGAAUUGCCCCCUCCCAGCCCCUCUAGUCUAGUUUACCUCCCUUACCCCAUUUCCCAAACCUCUUGUACCCUCCUCUUCCUCCCCCCCAGCUGGUGUGUGUCUUGGAGUUCAGUGUGUUAUGAUGGACCAAUAAUUCUGCCACUCGGGGUCUCUCCCUACAUUCCUGCUCCCCAGUUUUCAUGUGGGGCACUCAACUGACAUUCCCAGGGGGUCUCCCUCCCUCCCAUCUGCCUGAUCUGCCUCCUCCUCCCACCAGGAGAAUUGGGGGCUGACCACAAUCUGAUUCCUUGAGGAGGGGUGGCUCCAGUUUGUGUGUGUCAUCACUGCCUUGGGGAGGAGCAGGACAAACUAGAAUCCCCCCAAUUCCUGCCUGAAAUCUCUGGCUUCUUCCUUGCUAGAGGUUGGAAUGAAAACUUUCCUCCCCAGUCUGGGGGUGGGUGUUGCCCCCCAUCACUGCCCAGCUCCUCUGACUGCCCCCCUGUAUUCAGGGUGGGGGUACUAGUCACUGCCAAUAUGUGUAUGGGACUUGCUGGAUGGUGGGGAUCCUCACCUUUCUCCAGGGCUGUUGAGCCCAGAGAGAGGGGGAGAGAGAAAGAGAGAGAGAGUGCAAGCUAUUCCCUUUUUGGGUGAAAUGAUAGAAGGAGGAUCUAGUCUUUUAAAAUGGCACAGUUUUAGGGGUCUGAGGGUACAGCCCCUUAACCUACCAUGGUGGGGGGAGUGUCCCCAAACUCUUCCCCUCACACACACCAGGUUUUCUAUGUGGAGGGGAACCAAGGAGAUCUAAACUGUGGUGUGAAAGGGUAGGAGAGAUGCUGGGGGUGGGGGUGCUUGUGUUCUAGACCCCCAAUAUUAUCCCAGUGUCCCCUGCCUUCCUUCUUCCCCUACCCCAUGCCCCCAAUUCUGUGGCGCAUCCAGAUUGUGAAAAUGUACAAUAAACGUGUAAUGAGUAA